AUGUCCGACGUUCUCAACGACUUUGGCUUCACUAACACGCAGAUUACAAUAAUCGCCCUCGCAUUCACCACAAGUGCCUAUCCUGCUCCAACUACGCCGUCCAGAGGCGUCGACCACGAAUAUCACAAUGCUCGCUAUGCUGAUGCGGUUUUCGCAAACUGUGGUCUCCCCGCUGCCGACUUGGAGCGCAGACGCGGAAUUUUGCGUGCCUUACUCGCUUCUCCAUCCUGGCUCCUGCAACUGGCUCCUGUCACGGUCGAGCAAGUUCAGGACUUUGUGCUCCGCACUCGUCGAGGACGUCGGAUGUGCUGUUUUUGUCGGGCAGAGGGCUCUCGUGCCGCCAUUCUCGAGUGUGCCCGGCAGCACGUGGCCUAA